UCGAGGCGAGAGCACGCGGCCAAGAAAGCCCGCGCGCAUGUCAAGCAAAUUGCGUUCGGUUUUCGAUUCGAGCCACACAUGGCGUAUACGCGAUACGGCAAUUCCCACUGCCUGCAUUGAGUCAAUAAUGGUCAGUGGUCAGAGUGGCGGCUAUCGUGCGUGAAUUGAGCAGCAGAUAAUGUGUCAAUAAUUGAACUGGGCAAUCGGCGUGGGUCGAUCACUAUGUGAAUAGCCAAUUGGGAAGGAACUUCAAUAUGGUCAGCAACCCAGGUGAUGUGAUUGGAAAUAAGCGAAGCUAAGUGCAUCCAUCAGCAAUUGCCAAUUUGCGAGUGGAGGUGCUGCCUUGAUGGCUCCUCGCGAUUCCGAGGACGAAUAGCAGAGAUCCUGUAACCCGUGGGCCAUGUUCGAUUGAACAGCAGCGACAACCAGCCAGAGCAACACCAACCGAAGGAGCAACAUGCUGACCACCCACCAUCUGCACCACCUGCACCACCAUCGCGGCAGCACGGCCGUCGAGCUGGACAAGAUCACCAACCUGAAUACGCUCAUCGUGGAGAUCAACAGCCAUGUGGCGCUCUUCCGCGACAUGCUCAUCCACGUCGGCCAGGCGAAGGACUGUCCCGAGCUCCGCGAGAAGAUCCGCAAGCUGCGAAGGACCUGCGUGGAGGCACUGAAGCACACCGCCCAGAUCCUGAUGCCACAGGUCAAGAGCGCCAUGGCCGACGGCAUCCUCACCGACAACCCGCAUUUGGUGCUCCUGUUCUACAUGGCCCAGUUGUUCCUACGUGAACUUGUGAAGAGCUAUCGCCUCAUACAAGUCGUGCCAAUGGAUAUGUCCGGCUAUUAUGAGAACCGAGCCGGGCCCUCGAAUCUGGGCAAUGUCAUCAGCCAGAUAUUGCUGUGCAAACAGUUCACGCCCGACUUCAACGAGGAGGAGCUGUGCAGCAUCACCAAAGACUCGCAGGACAUCGCCGUGCUCCUUUCCGAGAUGCAGGAGUACAUGCCGCAGCACGAGGCGUACUUGGAACGCAACGCGGCACUGGACACAACUGGACCUUGGCAGGCGAAGAGGCGGCAGAACUACAUCUGCAAGAACAUGAGCCUCCUGUGCUGCGUCUCCAGGCCCAACUACCUUUGAGAGCAGGCCGAGGGUCUGUAGUCGGAGUCGAACUAGUCCCGGUGGUCACUACUUAUAUCAAUUACUAGCGCCUAAGUUGAGCCUGCGAACCGUAGAGGAAAUUCUAGAUCUUAAGCCGAGGAGCGGAACACUCAAUUAGCAUUGUAACAUAAUCAAUAAUCAAAGGUCGACGGCAGUUCCAAAAGAGCUGCGUUCUUCUCCUCCCAGAGACAUGUGUAUAAUCAAAGUUAAUUAUGCUGCAUAUACAAUAUUAAUAUAAAAACCAAUUACGCAUUACGAAUAUGGAUAUGGAUACGGAUAUAUAUACCACAAAGACACCGAUAUAGCGACGUUUAGCCAGUGGAUCGGAGCCAGUUAAGACUUUUAGGCCAUUAAAUUGUAGUCACUGUAUAGACCCAGGCAAAACCGACAUGGUGUAACCCUUGAGUUAACAUUUAGAUUAGGCAGAGGGGCUGGGCCAGAAGGAUCGACGGGUGCUGGGAGCAAAUGGCAGUUUAGUGUUAGUUCAAAACGAUGUAGCCUUCGUAAUUAAGCUAAAAGCCUCCACGGGCAAGUGCUAAACAAAAGCAAUAACAAACAUGUUACUCAAACAGAAAUAUAUAUUAUAAAUGAAUAUCUAAUCAGAUAGAUGUGUAAUUAAAAUGUCUCUAGGUUUCCGUUUGUUCAUUUCACGGUUUUCAAAGUGAACUCUGCACAGUACCUAAAAAGAACAAAUAAUCGAAAAACAAACGAGCAACGCGUGACCAAUGAAAAUACAAACAAACCAAAUCAAUCUGUUUAAAAAACAAGGUUUAUUAACAAAUCAAUAUCCCAUUAUCAAACGAUAAUAAUAGAUUCAGUAAAAGGAAGAGGCAACAAAGAAUUUCAAUCAGCCAACUUUGUGUAAUAUUUAAGCAGCCAAUGAAUAUUUAUUUCCGUAAAGAAUUUAUUUCAAAUAUUAGUUGGAUGUAAACACAAACAGAGUAUAUCUAAUAUAGUUCACAAUAAUAUGUAUUUUAUUUAAAAUAAAACAGAUGAGACCAAAAAUGUAGCAAUUAAAUUAUUAAAGGAAACAGUUCUACUCCCUCCAGUUUAAUUCUUUUGUUUGCCAAUACGCAAAAAUCAAUUGGUGGCAAAUAAAUUAUUGCCCGGCCGAAAUGAAUAUAAAUAAUUAUGAGCUUAUUGUUUUCUGGUUCCAUUGAAAUCGCAUUAAAACUGCACAACUUUUGUUUUUUGCAAAUUAAAAUGUGUUUUUAAACAGCCGCAGCGAGGAAUAUGGAAAAUUCAUAAGUGUUUUAAAUUGGAGAGCAAAAACAACCUUUUAAUGGAAUGCGUUAUUUAUUUAGACUGCACACACUUUUUUCGAUUGGCCCCGCAUAUUUAAUGACAAUUAAGUGAAGAACUUUUUUGGCUGCAAGUGAGCAGAAUUUGUUUAACAUUGUAAAUCAAUUUGUUGUGCAAACAACAACUUAACAUUUGCUGGACCGCUGAAAUGACAAUGAAAAUGUAAAAACUCUGCUAGAAUGCCUGGAACACAAUGGGCCAAGUAGUUGGCAUGUAUUUGUACACACUUGAAUCCCGAUAGAGUAUAUAUAUACACAGAAUGUAGUACAGAGGAGUCUCUCAUUAAUAUCGAAGUUAAGAACACAUUAUUUACUAAUUUUUAUUUACUUAUUCGAUUCUAGGCAUAAAUCAAACACCAAACAAAUUUACACGUCUCUAGAGAAUAUAGUUCCGAAAUAGUAUGUUUAUAAUAUUGAUAAUUAUUUACCUGUAUAUGAAUGUAUAUUGCUUAGAUCGUUUAACUAGGUAUUCCAUCGACAAGCCGUGAUUGUUAUAUGAUAUUCAUAUAAGAAUUAUCUGAAUGUAUUUAUUAAUGUUUGUUCAUGUUGUUUGAAACUAAAUGCCACUGAGAAGUAACUCAAAAACUCACACACUAGCAACAAGAAACGAGAAAAACACAAGCGAGAAACCAAAAGCGAAACUAAUUACCAAACUGGGUACCAAUCAAAUAUGAAUAAAGCUAUUUUUAGAGAAACUAAAA